AGCGCGGGGGGAGCAGCCCUGGAGCUGGGCUUGUCCAGCUCACAGCUCUCCACACGCCCAGCGGCUCCGUCCGUCCAUCCGUCUGUCCAUCCGUUGUCUGUCCAUCUAUCCAAGGGAGGCAGCAGGAGCACAGCUGGCACGAUGCAUGCGCGUGGGCUGCUGGGACUGGUGUUGCUGAUGGUGUCAGUGGGCUCCGUGCCCAGUUUGCGGCCUGCCACCCCCCCAGCCCUGAGGAGCUCCUUGGGCAGCCCUGUUUUGUGCCUCCUGCCCCGUGCUGAGGCAGAGCUCCGGUGCCGUGUCCCAGGGGGCCCACUGUGCAGCGGCAGGGGCAGGUGCGACUGUGGGGUCUGCAUCUGCCAAGUGACGGAGGCUGGCAAAUACUAUGGGCCGCUGUGCGAGUGCCAAGACUGGGUGUGUGAGAUCUACGACGGGAAGGUCUGUGCAGGCCAUGGAAAGUGUGACUGUGGGAAGUGCAAAUGUGAUGAAGGCUGGUAUGGUGAAGCUUGUCAGUAUCCAACUACUUGCAAUCUUACACGGAAGAAAAGCAAUGAAAUGUGUAAGAAUUCUCAAGAUAUCAUCUGCUCUGGUGCAGGUACAUGUCAGUGUGGCAGGUGUAAAUGUGUAAACUCAGGAGGAAGUGGACUGGUCUAUGGCAAAUUUUGUGAAUGUGAUGACAGAGAAUGCAUAGAUGAUGAGACCGAAGAGAUUUGUACAGGCCAUGGACAGUGUUACUGUGGAAACUGUUACUGUGAGGCUGGUUGGCAUGGAGAUAAAUGUGAAUUCCAGUGUGACAUCACCCCUUGGGAGAUCAAGAAAAGAUGCACAUCUCCAGAUGGCAAAAUCUGCAGUAAUAGAGGCACAUGUGUAUGUGGGGAAUGUACCUGCCAUGAUGUGGACCCAACUGGUGACUGGGGAGAUAUUCAUGGAGAUACUUGUGAGUGUGAUGAAAGAAACUGCAAAGCAGUGUAUGAUAGAUAUUCUGAUGACUUUUGUUCAGGUCACGGACAGUGUAAUUGCGGAAAGUGUGACUGUAAAGAAGGAUGGACAGGGAAGAAGUGUGAACAUCCACGGUCUUGUCCAUUGUCAGCUGAGGAAAGCGUGAAGAAAUGCAAAGGAAAUUCUAAUUUACCUUGCUCUGGAAGAGGAAAAUGUGAAUGUGGCCAAUGCACUUGUUUCCCUCCAGGAGACAACAGAGUCUAUGGAAAAAACUGUGAAUGUGAUGAUCGACAGUGUGAAAGUGCGGAUGGCAAUGUCUGUGGGGGCCAUGGCAUCUGUUCUUGCGGCCGAUGUGUUUGCCAGGAAGGAUGGUUUGGAAAGUUGUGCCAGUAUUCCAGGAAGUGCAACAUGACAGAAGAGGAGAGCAGAAGUCUCUGUGAGUCUGCAGAUGGUGUGUUAUGCUCAGGAAAGGGUUCCUGCCACUGUGGAAAGUGCAUCUGUUCACCACAGGAAUGGUACAUUUCAGGUGAUUUUUGUGAAUGUGAUGACAGAGACUGCGACAAACACGAUGGUCUCAUUUGCACAGGUAACGGUGUUUGUAACUGUGGAAACUGCGAGUGCUGGGAAGGAUGGAAUGGAAACGCUUGUGAAAUCUGGCUGGGAACAGAAUACCCUUAACAAAGGACAUCAGAGACUGAGGGUUCUUUUAGUUUGAUUUUUCUUUAGGCUGCUAGAACAUUUAAUUUUGGAAGUACUCAGAGUGUGGGUGUGCAUGGUUGUAAAUACUUUGGAACUGUCAUGUGAAUGCCUGCUCCUUAGAGAAAUGAAUAGCAAAACAAAACAAAAACAACAACAAAAAACAAAAACAACAACAACAACAACAAAAACCAAACAGAUAAUUUGGGAGCAUGACAGUCCAAGCUCUAAAAACUGAAAUUAUAUUAAAAAAAAAAAAAUGGCCCUUCACAUUUUUUGGGUAACAUCAGUGAGUCUGAGAUUGCACCCAUUAUGUCUGUUUCUUAAGCAAUCUUUGGAAAACGUGAAAGAAAGUCAUUUGAUUUUAAAUUAUAUGUUCGGUUUUCAGCUCUCCAUAUCAGUACACAACAGUAUUUCUGUACCAGAAUAGCACUAGUUAAGUAUUUGUCAGAUACUUCAUUUGAUACAUUUUAGGGUGUUUGUCAAAAAUAUUGUUUGACUCUUUUCUUUCCAAACAUCCCAAUUAUGUUCCAGCUCCAGAAGAAGCAUUAAAGCAAUUUAUCGAUUUUUUAAUUUUUUUUUUAUUAUUUUGUCAAAGGAUUGAGAAUUGAAUCUGUAUAACUGACGUUCCAUUACCUCACAGCUGUAGGCUGAAGACUCAAAAUGUUUGAGGAGAUCCUUGUCCACAAGAUAACUUCUGAGUUUCUAUGGUUAAAGAGUCAAUAAGUUGGUUAUCCAUUUUAACAUUCUACAAUACUGUCAAAUGCAUAACCUAUAGAAGUAUAAGGAAUUAAACUAAUAAAGAUAUAAAUGUAUGAUUAGCUAUUCCAAAUAUGUAUCCUGCCACUCGUAUGUACUUUUCUCAUACUGUUUUAUGUAUGUAUAGUCGCCUAGUCCUCUUGAAAGUAAAGCAAAUGAAAAUUUGUUACACUAAUAACUUUUAGGACAACAACUCCAUAUGCUAUCAGAAAUCACUGUUUGGAACAGAUUGCACUGUCACACAUGGUCUUCAAUGAAUUUCACUGUUUUCAAAGUCAGAGGCCUGAAGGUCAACUGACUUGAAAAAUCAGCGAUGCUGGGCAGUAUCCGGGUCUCAGCCAAAGAAGCUCAAACAUUGACAACAAAAUAAUUGAAGUUUUAAUACAGUAAAUAAAAACAAAGCAAUGGUAUGAACAAAAUUUUAUUUUUAUUUUUCCAAUGGUGAAAUGCUGCUCAGUGUGAAAUUCACAUUGAGUUAUGAAAGAUGCACAACUAUUGGGACUUCCCUAACUUAUUUACAUGAGUCUCUCUCUCUUUUUUUUUUUUUUUUUUUUUAAUACAUGUAGAUUUGGCAGCCCUUUAAUUCCUUAGAGCAAAAAAAUACAUACAUUUUAAUUUCAAAAAUGCUUACAUUUUGUGAAAUCAUGAUCAAGCAAGAAAUUGCUUAAAAGUUUGGAAAGCAUUUAUUUUUAAUAUCAAACUAACAUUGUGGUUUAGGUGCCGAGGUCCUGAUUUUUGAAGAGGUACAUGACUCAGAAAUAAGGGAACUAUGUAUCAACUGAAAAGGUAUUUUCAUUAUUAUUCUAGAAACCUGUGUUUUUUUAGAAAGGACAGUUUUGAAAUAGGAAAAUACAAUGGUACAAGAACACAUAACAGAAUGCAAUUUUUGAAAAAUGAAUUUAUAUAAUCACUUUCAUUAUUGCCUCUUCCCAUGUAGCUUUAUCUUACCCACAUUUUUCCUUAACCUAGAUUCUUCCUUUCUAAAACUGAAGCUUGUGAAACCUAUGUUCUCAGGGUGGCACAGUAUAAUCACCAAACAUCCAUGCAUAACUUAUAUAGGAGUUAUGCACAGAAAUACCGAGUCACAUACCCCAAAGCAGUGAACUACCUUCUUUUUAGGUAGCCAAAAUGUCAGAUAGAGUUCUCAAGUGUAUUGAUAUAGUACUACAAAACUUCAAAGUAAAAUUCAUAUUGAAAUAAUUAUUUAUAAUUUAUACUUCUAACCCUUAAACUGUUUAUAGCUGAACAGGAAUAUUCAGAAUUAAAUUCUAACAAAAAUACAUCAUGUCAGCCCUGGUGCCUGGACAGUAAAGAUUGUUGGGUUUGUAUUUCAGAAUAUUGCCCACCUGAAUGCUCUUAUAGUCUGCACUUUUUCCACAUAUAUGUUCAUCUACUGAGUCAGAAAGUAAACAAUGAAAAAUACAAGAAGUUGUACUUUAUUUCCUGCCAUUUAUAUUUGGUUCUGUAACAACAGAAAUUUCAGAUAAUCAAAACUCUUCUCUAGACUCAGCAGAUGUUUUUUAUUUGUUUUCUGGUAUGACAAACACAUUUGUACGUACUGUAGAUCACCUUUGGUAUUCCAGGCACUUGUAUACAGACAAAGAAAUGAUUCUUUAGAGGGUUACGACAUCCUAUUUGAUGCAUUUUACUUUGUAGUUUUCUUUCAUUUCAAAUUUAUAUACUUGAGGAGUGUAAGAGGAAUCUUUUUGUACAGUUUAAUUUAAUUUAGUUUUGGUUUAAAAAUUGACUUUAACAUUUUGGCUACUAAGUGGGUUCCAUAGCCAUGGAAUUUCAAAAAGUGUUUUCCACAUUUUUCUUAAGGUACAUAUGGGAAAAUAUCGGCAUGUUCUAAGAUAACUACUGUCAGUGGCUAAUUAAAAUAUAAAUUAUCAAACCAAACGGUGCCAUCACGAUGAACCUUAAAAUAUUUUCUAAGACUACUAAAAAUAUAAUGAAUACAUAUUUUCCUCUCCACUUUUUAUUCUGUUUCUUAUAUUGUUGCCUGAACACUCCCCCAGUUCCCUUCAUGCUGAGGUAACUGGAGAUGGGGCUCUCAGCCAAUCUUCUGUGGCUUGUUUCCUCCCUAGUAAAAUGAAGUUGGAAAGAAUGCGACUGUUACUCUGUGUAAGUGAAAAUAAUUGUGGACUGAUAAAUUGUGAUUUUCUUACACCCAUUCCCUGUGACAGGAAUUCCAGAUACAUAACCAGUAAAAGCAGGAAGAGGCAUGAGGGAGUGAAAAAUACUGGCUGAAUAUUUGCAUGUGGCUGUAAAAGCUUGCUUCCAAGGCCUGUGGCAAACAGCAUCUGUAAGUGGUGAAAACAAAUCGGAUAGAUGGGGUUUUCAUAACAGCUAGGCUGAUGAAGCUUAAAACAAAAGAUAUGAUAGUCUUGCUUUCUUGUGAUAGAAAGAACAAAACCCAGAAUGGCGCAGAACUCCUCUACAAGUGACGUGCAGGAGUAUGCCUAUUUUACAUAAUAUCAGUAAAAUCAUCUGUAAAACAGCCAUAGAUAGAUCUACUUCUGUAAAUUAUUGACCCCCUCUUGAUCUUUUUGUUUUCCCCUGGCCAUACGCUCUUACAGAAACACACAGAUGAACAUUUAAUCACGUACCCGCUCUGAUAUUUCUGAUGCACUGCCCUUGUUUCCUGACAGAACAACAUCUCACUUUGUAGCUAAAUGGCACUGGGAUGAAAAAUCUGAGUAUUUUUGUCGCCAGGUAAUAGAAGAAAGAUUUUACUGCAUCUUUAAAAAUAAGUCAUAGGAUUUGGAUGAGUCACAAAAACAAACUCAAAACACACAAAAACCUGUUAUUAGAUGUUUUAAAAUGCACUACACAGAAUAUGAAUUUAUCCAACCGGAAAUUUAUAAGAAAGAAAACCUCCUUACUUCAUCUAGUUUCACUUGCAUUUUCAUCUGAAUGGAGUUGAACAAUUUCUUAUUUAUAUCAAUAAACAGAUGGUUCAGCAAGACACAUUUUUAAGGUAUGGAUCAAACUGCCUGCAUUCACACCUCAUCACUUAAUGUGGUCUUAAACCAAGAGGAAAGUUUCCCCAGGUAUAUACGAAAAGCCAGAGUUCUUGGUGUUGUUUCAGGUAAAUACCAAAGUCAAAGUGAAUUGCUUUAUAUUUAUAUUUGGGGUUGUUUGUUAAGGACCAACCUGACUCCACACACAUUAAAUUUAUGAAAACAAGACUAAAAAAAUAUGAUUUGAGAGCAACUAAAAAUACAACCAGCACAUGAAGGAACGUCUGUGUAUGUGUACUACAAAAAAUUUAAAAGCUAUAGACAACUUUUAUAGGCUCUACAGUGUGAGCAAUCCUUUAAAUACACAAAUACCUUCAGUUCAGUGCUACGCUGAACUGGAUUUUUGAAACUGCACAGGUUUGACUGGUUUUUCCAAAUAAAACCUUAGCUGAAAUACAGAUUAAAAAAAUGUAAAGAGAUGACUAUGAGCAGUGUUAACAUAUCUGUCCACUAUGGAAUUGAGUAGCUACAACCAGAAGAACAAAAUACAAAGCAAGCGUGCAAAGGAUCUGGAACGCUGCAGUUUCACAGACAUCUGGACAUGUAAGUACAAAACACUCAACCUGUAAAUACAAAUUGAUUCCAUCAGGUUUACUAUACAGUAUGUUAGUAGUAGUAGAUAGAUAGUUGAAAACAGUUUUCUCUUAACAGCGAAAUUAAUUUUGGAGGGAACAAAAUGGUGACAUCUCAUCCUGGAGAACAGCAAGAGAGGUAUUAUAUUAAAGGAGCUAAAAUUUUCUUUGGCAUGGUAAAAAGGGAGAAUUGAGUUGGCCAACAUAUUUACACGAAGUUUCACCAUACUGUGGCCAGUGCAAUCAUGUUUUGCACAGUCUACUUCUUACAUAAACUUUUUUGUUGUUUUUCAAUAUGCCUUCAUAUAAAUGUUUUAUUCAUCAUGUUCAAUCUGUGUAUACAACAAAUAAUAAUAAAGACAAACUGUACAAUGCA